UGUGAACUGCUGAUGGCUGCUGCAUUAUAAUGUGGAUUUUUUUUACUGAUUUUCACUUAGCUCAGUUUGCUGUCAGAAAGUGGAAUGUAGUCAUAUAACCCUAAGUAAACUGAAAAUCAAUUGUUAAUAUGGAUCACCAUGAGAUGCUGAACAUAACAGACGGGAACUCUGCACACCACCCAGUCCUGGCUGUUACUGAACCUGUGGCAAUUGAUGCUUUGGGAGCCACUUCUAAAGGUGAACAAGGAGAAACACUCAUCUCUACAACCACAGCUGCCACUCUCCUUCCAGAACAUGGGGGCUUGGUUCUGGUCGAAACAUCACGAGGGAAUUUGCUCCUGUCAGUGAAUGGUGAUACUCUAGGGACUGUCAGCUAUACAGAUGCAGACAUCCAGGGGAGACAAAUCCUAACAACAGCUUUACCAAUGACUGGAAUCUUAACCCAGAAUGGUCUGGUCGAGUCACAAGGAACAACUCUACUUAUCAACCAACCAUCCACCCCAGGAGAUGGAGCUGUUGUAUGUGAGGGCACAUUUGACACAUCGGUGUCCACGCUCCAGACUGACCAACUGCUGACCUCAAAGUCCCCACUGUCAAAUACUCCAUCCAGUGGUGACCAGUCCACAGAAAAGAAAAGGAGAGGUGGAUGGCCCAAGGGUAAGCGACGUAAACCAACACCAGAUUUCAGUACUCCUAGGGCACCUGCAUCUGGAUAUUUGCUGUAUGCUAUAGAGCGUCGACAGGAAAUAAAGGGAAGCAACCCAGAAAUUCCAUUUUCAGAGGUGACAAAAAUACUGGGUCAGGAAUGGUCCAGCAUGUCAGCAGACAAGAAACAGAAAUACCUGGAGGAAGCAGACAAUGAUAAGAAGAGAUACAUUGAAGAACUAAAAACUUAUCAGAACACAGUCAAGAAGAAAAUGAAAGCUGGCAUCAGAGGGGAAGAAGGUGACUGGGAGAACGAAGAGAAUUAUUCCCAACUGAUGUCUGUUGAUAUGGAGGAGGAUGGCCUGAAUGAUUUGUACUGUAGAAUAUGUGACAAGUACUUCAGUUCUCUACAUAAUAAAAAGGAACACAUGUUGGGACGACAACACGUGCAGAACAUGGCAGGUGAGAUGCAUAAAGACACUGCUAGUACAUCCCAGCCUGCAACUCUGUCACCUACACAACGCCCAGUUCCACCUGAUCUUGGUACUGACAGUAACCAAUCAGACAGCCUUCCUGUAGGUGACAAGGAAUCACCACCACUAGAUAUUGGAGGAUUUAUACAGAACUUUAUACAUGAUAAUUAUGAACGUGAAUUAGAAUUACAAGAAAUAAGAAAAUCCUUGAAAAAUCUUCAGGAAGAAAACUUAUCCCUUUAUAAACAAAUUAAUGAAUUAAAGAUCUACCAGAACAAGUUAGAGGAUGACACUGCUAAUCACAAAGCUAUUGGAGCUAAUCUCUCCUCCCAGACAGACACUCUCAAGAUGGUGCUGACACUCUUUGGUGUCAUCAACUACCAGGGCUGAUGACAUUAUUACAAUGUCAGAGAAGGAAAAAUGGUUUCAGAAUCAACCUCAAACAUUUUCCAACUUAUUUCCCAAUCUUCAAAUAUAAGAUACUUCUUAAAGCAAUUUCCAGAAAAAGGAUGCACAUUCUUUUUAGUGUCACCAAUUUUAAAAUUGAAACAGAAUUUUAUGACAUUUGUGAACAGUGCAUACAAUUUUCUGUCUCACCAAAAACAACAAACAAACAAAAUUGUAAACACCAUUACAUUAACUUCAGACUGUGUACUGACUUCCACUUUUCUCAAGAAAAGGAUAAGUGUGCUACUGUUAAGAUGAAUUAUAAAUAAGUCAAGAAAUACUGGUGAGACUGAGAUAUAGUAUCAACUAAUUGUCAAUUACCGUAUUUCUCCGCCAAUAAGCCCAGGGGGCCUGUGCAUGAAAUUGAGUAAAGAGUAGGGGGUGGGCUUAUUGCCGGAUAAGAGCCUAUACCUGACCGAUAUCCUCGGUCGCCAUCUUGGAUUUUUCACUACUGUUAUCGAUGAACAAAUCUAUUCAGGCAAACGAAGACUGGUUACUGGAUGAUUAAAAUAAGAACAAGAAGAAAUAUAUAUAAAAACAGGUAUGAAAAAGUAGAAAAAAAAUCAGUAAACCAACACAAUUUUCUGGCAUGAAGAUUCUGUGGGCAAUGGUCAGUGGUCUGUCUGGUAUCGGAGUCCAAGGUAAAUAUCACAAGGAUAUUCAAGGAGACCUCAAUUUAGGAGUAAUAAAUUCAAUAAGGUAAACGAAAGAGCAACAAUACCCUGGAAUCUGUUACUAGAUGCUUUAUUGUUGACAGCAUGUUUUGGGUAGCUAGGUUUACCUGCUUUGGGUAAAAAAAAUUGACAUUUCUGACUAGUGUUUAUUAUAUAUUAAAAAACAUUAACAAAAUGACUACUAUAACAUGUUAUAAAAAGAACCAUGAACAAAACUGUGAUAAAUCGCACGAGGGAUUGAGUUUUGUAUUGUCAUAUUGAGUGUAUAUCUUAUGUAAUACUAUUAUACACAUAUAACAGUACUGUUUAAUUAAUCAUCAUACAACAACACAGGAAUGGAAUUGAAUGAAUGAAUGAAUGAAUGAAUGAAUACAGGUGUGAGUAUGUCAGAAAAAGCUGAAAAUUCUUCAAUGUAUUCAUAGUUGUUGUCUAUUUAAGUUUGAGUGAGUUA